AUGAAAAUACUAUGUGUCGCUGAGAAACCAUCUAUAGCGAAAGAAGUAUCGAAUAUCUUGGGUGGAGGUAGGCUGAAUGUACGAAAUUCCAGAAACAAAUAUAUCAAAAAUUAUGAUUUUACUUUCAACUUUCCACGAGUUGGCGUGUGUAAUGUAACUAUGACAUCGGUUGCAGGCCAUAUAAUGAAUAUAGACUUCCCUCAGACUUAUCAGUGGGGAAAAUGCAUUCCUGGAAGGCUAUUGGAUGCCCCAAUAAUAGAGAAGAUAUCUCGACAGGAUAUAUACGAUAAUAUAUCCAAGGAGGCUAGAAAUAGCGAUAAACUAAUGAUAUGGACAGAUUGUGAUAGAGAGGGGGAAUAUAUCGGAUUUGAAAUCUUUCAAGCAGCUCAGAAGGGUAAUGGGAGGUUGACAGUGGAAGAUACUUGGAGGAGCCAGUUUUCACAUUUGGAGAGAUCUCAUAUAUUGAAUGCAGCGAGGAACCCUAUAAUACUAGAUAUGAAUUCAGUUAAUGCUGUGAAAUGUAGGAUGGAAAUUGACUUAAGAAUAGGUGCAAGUUUUACGAGAUACAUUACUGACGCGUUGAAACAAGGAAGAGUUAUAGAAAGAGGAGAUGUCGCCUCAUAUGGAACUUGUCAGUUCCCAACGUUAGGAUUUGUUGUUGAUAGAUAUAAAAGAGUCAAAAAUUUUAUACCAGAAAGCUUUUGGUAUAUCACUCUCGAAAUCAAAAAAGACAAUAAGAAGACAAGCUUCAAUUGGACUAAAAAUCAUUUGUUUGACAGAUUAUAUGUUACUCUUUUAUACCAGCAAUGCGUGAGCUAUCCCGAAGCGCAAGUUAUAAAGACAGAGCAGAAAAGAACUACUAAUUGGCGUCCUUUACCUCUAACAACCGUGGAAUUACAAAAGGACUGCGCAAAGUUCUUCAAGAUGAGUGCCAAGAGAACACUUGAUGCUGCCGAAAAGCUAUAUAAUAGUGGAUUCAUAUCUUAUCCAAGAACAGAGACGGAUAGCUUUCCUGAUUCUAUGGAUUUUAGAGGCACUAUUUCAAAACAAACACAAGAUGAACGCUGGGGUAGCUAUGCCCAAGGUAUUUUAGGUGAGGGACUUGAACGGCCUCGUAAUGGUAAACACAAUGACAAAGCGCAUCCGGCAAUACACCCAGUAAAGUAUGCCAAACUAGAGAAUCUAGAGAGUCUUGAUCAAAAGAAAGUAUAUGAAUAUGUUGUGAGACGAUUUUUGGCUUGUUGUUCGAAAGAUGCUGUCGGACAAUUAACAACUGCAACAUUAGGAUGGGGUCCUGAAACUUUCACUGCCAGUGGAUUAAUUGUACAAGAACGCAACUAUUUAGAUGUUUACCCUUAUCGCAAAUGGGAAACUACUAAGCAAUUGCCAAUCCUAAUUGAAGGUGAAAUGAUUAAAGUAUCAUCAGGACUAAUGAAAGAAGGGAAAACAGCUCCUCCGAAGCACAUGACAGAGCCAGAGCUUAUAGCAUUAAUGGAUGCCAACGGGAUUGGUACAGAUGCAACAAUUGCUGAGCAUAUAGAUAAAAUCGUGUCUAGAAAGUACGUGGUGAAAGCCAAACAAUCAAGUGUUGAGUAUAUUGUACCUUCACCACUUGGAAUGGGAUUAAUUGAAGGAUUUAGCCAGAUGGAAUUUGAUGACGUUUCGUUAUCCAAGCCAUUUUUACGGAAAGAGCUAGAGAUGUCAUUGCAGCAGAUUGUCGAAGGAUCCCAAAAUAAAGAGUCUGUCCUUCAAGCCAUAAUCGGAACUUAUAAACGGGCCUACGUGAUCAGCCAGCAGAAAUCAAAUGUACUAGUCCAAGCAUGUAGACUCAUGAUUCAAGAGAAUUCUUAA